CCACAAACUAACUGUAAUGGUAGCGCCUCUUUCUUUCUAUUUCGUCUCUCUUCGUCAAGCUACUAGCUGCAGCCAUGAGCAUGCUCAGGCUCCAGAAACGCUUGGCGUCCAGCGUCCUUCGCUGUGGCAAGAAGAAAGUCUGGUUGGAUCCAAAUGAAACUAAUGAGAUUGCCAAUGCAAACUCCCGCCAGCAGAUCCGUAAACUGGUGAAAGAUGGUCUUAUCAUCAGAAAACCAGUGACAGUUCAUUCACGCGCACGCUGCCGCAAGAACACCCUGGCUCGUCGCAAGGGCCGUCACACAGGUUAUGGUAAGAGGAAGGGUACUGCUAAUGCCCGUAUGCCUGAGAAGCUCUCCUGGAUGCGCCGCAUGAGGAUCCUUCGCCGUCUUCUCCGUCGCUACAGGGAGUCAAAGAAAAUUGACAGGCACAUGUACCACAGUCUGUACCUGAAAGCCAAAGGUAAUGUCUUCAAAAACAAACGCAUUUUGAUGGAGCACAUUCACAAGCUGAAGGCUGACAAGGCUCGCAAGAAGCUCCUUGCUGACCAGGCAGAGGCUCGUCGUACUAAGACGAAAGAAGCUCGCAAACGCAGAGAAGAACGUCUUCAGGCCAAGAAAGAAGAAAUGAUCAAGAACUUGUCAAAGGAGGAGGAAACCACAAAGAAGUAAUUACAUGGUGUAUAUUCUUGUGAUACUCCUUUUGUUAAAUAAAU